CGCUACCCUCGUCAUCUUGCUUCUCAGGCCGCGUGCAGGGGGCACCAGCAGUGCAUGGGGUCCCACCGCAGUUCUCCGGCGGCUCGCGGCGGCGUGUCCCCGGGCCGCAGCCCGUCCCGUGGGCGCGCGGGCAUGGCCGCCGCCUCGGGGUCCCUGUGGAACGACGAGGCCUUCGGCGACUUCGGGAAGGAGGAGCUCGACGCCUUCUUCGCGGCGGACGGGGCGGCGCCCAAUGGCGCCGGGCCAGCUCGGCCCCCGCCGGGCCGCAGCGACAUCGAGGCGGAGUACUCCCGCCUCUCCAGGAGCCAGUCGCCGGCGCGCGGCGGCGGGCCCGUGGCUGCGGCCCCAGAGGGCGUGGCCAGCUUCGCGCUCGACGACGGCGACUCCGACGGCGUGGACGCCACCUGUGCCGACAGCGAGCACGUGCAGGACUGCCGCGUGCCCGAGCUGCCCGAGGCGCCCGGGGGCUUCUCCGCCGAGGACCGGCGCCUGCGCGAGGCGCUGGCCGGCUUCUACCUGGCCCGGUGCCCCGAGAAGCUGGGCGGGGUGAACGCCAUCGUCGAGCAGUACAGGGGCCGAGCGGUCUCGCACCUCUGGGUGCAGCUGGCGUCGAAGUACCGGCUGCGCGUCCCGGACGUCGUCGAGGGCCUGGCGGGCACGCUGUAUCUCGGCGCGCCCUUCGAGCAGCCAGAGGACGGCGGGGCCGGGGGCGCCUCGGGCAGCUCGGCGCUGCCCCCGGAGACGCUGGCGUCCCCGGAGGGCCGGGAGGAGCUGCUGCACGCCUGGCUCCGGGGCGGCCCCGGGGGCGUGGCCCUCUCGGAGGGCGCGCUGCGGGCGCUCUGCCUGCGGGGCCUGCCCUCCCCCGGCGCCGACGGCCAGCUCCGGGCGCAGCUCUGGAAGGUGAUGCUGGGCUACCUUCCGGCGCAACCGCGUUCGGAGUGGCCAUCGAUCGAGGCGGAGAGGAGGGCCAGCUACGCCCGCUGGAAGGCUGACCUCGUCGCCGUCUCCGAGUCGUUCCGCGUCGACGUGCGGGGGGUGCAGGGCCAGCAGGUCGCGGACAGCCUGAGCCUGCUGCAGCAGAUCCAGAAGGACGUCCACCGCACGCAGCCCCUGGUGGAGUUUUUCCAGAGGCCUGCUACGCAGGCCGCCCUCUCCUCGCUGCUCCUGGUCUACGCCAGGAGGAACCCAGAGGUGCAAUACAUCCAGGGGAUGAACGAGGUGGCCGCGGUUUUGCUCCACGUGGCCUCCGAGGCGAGUGCAGACGAGCAUGCGGAGGCAGACGCGUUCUGGUGCUUUAGCCUGCUGAUGCAGGACAUCCGGGGCGCGUUCAUCCAGGCCGUGGACGGCUGCUCCGGGCACGGCGCUCCCUCGCACGCCUCGCCGGCCGCCAAGGCGGAGCCGGGGGCCGUGGGCAAGCUGCUGCGGGCGCUGCGGCUGUACGACCCCGAGCUCGGCGCGCACCUGGAGGGCGCGGGCGUGCCGGUGUGGGCGUGUUCGCGUUACGAUGGUGCACAGUGCCUCUUCGCGAAGGACCUGCCCCUGGCCGGCGUGGUGCGGCUGUGGGACUGCCUGCUGGGCGACCCGCUGCGGUUCGAGCUGCUGAGCCAGGUGGGGCUCGCGGCGCUGCUCACCUCGCGGGAGCCGCCAACGGGGGGGAAAGAGGAGAGGGAAGUCUACGGAGUUGUCCUGAGCCUGAGCCACAAGUCCUCCCUCCAUUGA